CCGUCUUCGGCGAGGAAUUGGGAACGUUGCAUCUUUACGCUUUGGCUGCAGCCUACCCCCAUACUCAGCUGCUGGGCCCUUAUUUAAUCAUUCACCUAGUUCCCCGACCUACAAGUCCAGCUCUCCACUCUCUCUCACGUUCACCCCGCGAUUUCGAACUGUGGGCACCGCCUCGGUCCCGCCGCAACCCUGAACCGUACCCCCGAACCACACCGUGCUGCAUUCCAACAUGGACUAUGAGGGGCUGAAGGAUCAGUGGAGUGAGAUUGAGGAGCGGGAUGGAGUCCGCCUUAGUUGGAACACUUUUCCCAGCUCACGAAUGGAAGCAUCGCGGCUUGUUGUCCCCAUCGGCGCUUUGUAUACACCUUUGAAGGAGAAGACGGACACACCGCUGCUGCAGUAUGAGCCUGUUUCUUGCAAGGCACCCUGCCGGGCGGUCCUCAACCCAUUUUGCCAAGUCGAUAUGCGUGCCAGACUUUGGAUAUGUCCCUUCUGUCUGCAGCGAAACGCCCUUCCCCCUCACUACAAGGACAUCUCGCAAGAUGCCAUCCCUCCUGAGCUCCACCCAAACAGCACCACCAUUGAAUACCGACUCGCGAGGCCAGCCCCCUCCCCGCCCAUUUUCUUGUUCGUCGUCGAUACUUGCCAGGAGGAAGAUAGCUUAAAGGCGCUCAAGGACUCUAUUAUCAUGAGUUUGAGUUUACUUCCACCUUACGCCCUGGUUGGCCUGAUCACGUUUGGAACUAUGGCGCAAGUUCACGAGCUUGGUUACACCGAGUGUGCCAAAUCCUAUGUCUUCCGGGGGAGCAAGGACUACACUUCCAAGCAGGUUCAGGAGAUGCUCGGCCUCGGGCAAUUGGGUCCACGGCCAAACAUGCAAGUCCAACCCGGAAGGCCUCCCAUGCCCGCUGGUGCUGGAGCCCGAUUCCUCCUGCCAGUGUCGCAAUGCGAAUUCCAAUUGACCAAUGCCCUCGAGCAGCUGCAAAAGGAUCCCUGGCCAGUCGCGAACGACAAACGUGCUCUGAGGUGUACCGGUGUUGCUCUUAGCGUCGCCGUGGGAUUGUUGGAGACUCAGUUCGUGAACAUGGGUGGUAGAAUCAUGCUCUUCAGCGGCGGUCCAGCUACAGAAGGGCCUGGCAUGGUCGUCGGCCCAGAACUGAGGGAGCCCAUUCGAUCGCAUCAUGAUAUUGACCGAGAUAACAUCAAGUACUACAAGAAGGCGCUCAAGUUCUAUGAUACCCUUGCAAAGCGCGUAUCACACAAUGGACACAUCGUUGACAUCUUCGCUGGCUGUCUUGAUCAAGUUGGUCUUCUCGAGAUGAAAGGACUCUCUAACUCGACCGGCGGUCACAUGAUCCUGACUGACAGCUUUACAUCUUCUAUGUACAAGCAGUCAUUCGCUCGGGUCUUCAAUAAGGAUGCGGACGACAAUCUCCUGAUGGGCUUCAAUGCCUCCCUUGAAGUGCUGACUACCAAGGAACUCAAGGUGACUGGCUUGAUCGGACACGCCGUUUCGAUGAACAAGAAGUCUGCCUCGGUGGGCGAGACGGAAUGUGGCAUUGGCAACACCUGCUCAUGGAAGAUGUGCGGCAUUGAUCCAGAGGCGAGCUACGGCAUCUACUUCGAAAUUGCUAGCCAAGGCGGUCCAAGCCAGCUGCAACAAGGCCCGCAAAAGGGAAUGAUGCAGUUCCUCACAUAUUACCAGCACUCCGCUGGCCAAUACCAUCUGAGAGUCACAACCGUUGCUCGUAAUCUGAGUGGCCCUUCAGGAGAUCCUGCAAUUGCUCAGUCAUUCGAUCAAGAAGCAGCCGCCGUUCUUAUGUCACGGAUAGCCGUCUUCAAAGCGGAAGUAGACGAUGGACCAGAUGUUCUACGAUGGGUUGAUCGUAUGCUCAUCAGGCUGUGCUCUCGCUUUGCAGAGUACCGAAAGGAUGACCCCUCAUCUUUCAGACUCGAGAAAAACUUCACCCUGUAUCCUCAAUUUAUGUUCCAUCUCCGACGUUCGCAGUUUUUGCAAGUCUUCAAUAACUCCCCUGAUGAGACUGCCUUUUAUCGGCAUGUCCUCAACCACGAGGAUGUCAGCAACUCCCUCAUCAUGAUUCAACCUACCCUGGAUAGCUAUGGCUUCGAUCACGAAGGUAGCACACCAGUCCUCCUUGACUCCACCUCAAUUCAGUCCGAGACCAUCUUGCUUCUCGACACAUUCUUCCACAUCCUCAUCUUCCACGGUGAGACCAUGGCGGAGUGGCGAAAAGCAGGCUACCAGGAUCAAGAAGGUUAUGACAGCUUCAGGACACUGCUUGAGGCCCCCAAAGAAGAUGCCAAAGAUUUGAUCCAAGACCGAUUUCCGCUACCGCGAUUCAUUGUCUGUGAUGCCGGUGGCUCCCAAGCCCGUUUCUUGCUCUCCAAGCUCAAUCCUUCGACCACACAUACCACAGGCUCGUAUGGGGGUGUUUCGCAGACAGCGCAGACAAUCUUCACGGAUGACGUCAGCUUGCAGACGUUUAUGGACCAUUUAAUGAAGCUUGCGGUUUCAGGGACUGGUUGAGAGGAGAAGCAGGUACAAAGAGCUGACAAUUCGGCAAGGUUCAUUGAAUAGCCUCAUUCAACCAAAGGCGCAAGGUUUUGGGUUGGACGUACUGUCAUAGCUAGAACAGGAGCCGUGGGUACGAGAAAGCAUCGUUGAUCUCAAAGUUACGGCCACUGUGGAAUUAGUUAAGACACAUUUCAUUCACUCUAGAGACUGCCCGUGUGCAGUGUUCGUUCUAAAUGGAGAGCAUGCGAUCCCAUGAUCCCUGGUUAUAGUAAAACCAG